UGGUGUUUUGUAUUGCGUGAAGUGAAUUCUGGAAAAUAUUGGUUAUGGAUUCUGGACAACAUGAUUAUUCACAAAAGUAAAGAAAUUGUGCAACAAAAACGGUCGAUGAAUGCAAAGUCCUCAUCCGGAAAAUUCAUCAUUCGAGAUACCGAUACUGAUACUGAAGAAGUCGAUUACUUGCAAAACUUUGGAAAUGGACGAAAGAUUGAAAUUACUACUACGAAUUUGCUACUACAGUGGUUGAAACAAUACGUUUUGCAGCUAAAAGGUAGUUUAGAUAGUAUACAGAAUGUGUUGCGAAGUCUGUAUGGAACGGUACGGGUGGGAAGCAACCUCUCCAAAUUCCUGCUGGUUUCUAACAUUUUAUAUGAUUCUUUCAUAACUUAUGGCCAUAAUAGAAAUAAGCAAAACAUACAUAUAUGGAAACAGAAAAAUUGAGGACAUUUAAUUAUAUAUUUAUUUAAUGCCUCUGGCGUAUUUUUUUAUGGAUUUAUUGCGCUUUUAGUAGUUUUGAACGGUAACGUUAUACGGGGAGUGAGCGGGAUUAUCUACCGAUUUCAUCCAUUUUCACACUAUAGAUUUCAACUCUCAUCAACACUCCACAGAUUUUCCAUUCCCCGACUAUGGAGAGGUGCAAAUAGCAAUUACUCGCAUGAAGAACAACAAAGCGGCAGUAACCAAUGGAUUGCCGACCGAGCUAUUCAAAUACUUCGACGAAAAAUUACAAGGUGCAUGCAUCAGCUUCUUUACAGGAUAUAGUGGGAUGAAAGCAUACUUGAGGAUUGGAGUCUAAGUAUGGGCUGCCCAAUCCACAGAAUGGGGGAUUCCACAAUCUACGCCAAUUACCGUGGUAUAAAUCUCUUUAAUUUCGCAUAUAAGGUCUUAUCGAGUGUGGAGUGUGAAAGACACAACGUUACCGAAGUGAUUGGACCUUAUAAGUGUGGCGUUAGGCCAGGAAAAUCUACUAUCGACCGUUAGUUCCUUUCUCCAGAAGGGAAGGAAGCGAAGGGAAGGAUCUGGUUGUGAACGAGGACAAUACGAAAUUUCUCCUGUCAUCAAACACACAAUCAUCGCGUUGGCGACUUGACUGACACGUCACUGUUAAGAUUCAUAACUAUGAAGUCAUGGAUAAUAUCGUCUAUCUUAGAAUCAGUAUUACGACCAACAACGAUAUAAACAUAGAAAUUUAGCGUUGAAUCACUAUUGCCGACAGUUGCCACGUUGUACUGAGUAAACAAUUAAAAAGUAAAGACAAACCUCGGCGAACAAAGACCUCUACUCCGUUGGAGAGAUUAGGUGGAGGGGGACCUGGCUGCACUUGGUAUCUCGAAUUGACGCUAAAAGAAGAAACGACUGUCUCGCUUUGUCCUCGCGUAUAUAAGCACGUAAGCGUUGUCUACGUCAGCAAAGAAAAAGGAAAAAGUUGUAAUAUUUGCAAUAAAAAACUUAUUAAACAUUUAGUAUUUUAAUGAACAAAAAUACUUUCCAGUAAUUGUUAAUAGGUAUGGAAUUUUAAAUUUGAAAUGAUGAAAGUAUAUUCAAUUUGACCUACAUAAUAAAUAAAAAAUAAGUGUAUAAAAAUAUAUUUAAUUAUGUAAUAAGUUUGGUGCUAUGUCUUUUAAGAGAGUUUAAUGAGAGUACUUUACACACAACUGUACUACAUGAAACCUUUCAUAGACAGUGAAAUCAUUUUGAGUUAUUUGUUUUACAGCUUCAGUAAUUAAAUUAUGGCAAUUUUAAUUAAAUAAAGAUGCACACAUAUAUGUUUAAGGUUAUAUUCUUAAUUUUGCAACAUUUAUAAUUCAAAUAUCUUAUAAAAAAUAGCGAGGGUUGAAUUGAGAAACUAGAUAGAGCUUUU